AUGGCUUCAAGAUUCCCCUCUUCCCUCCACCAGCGCGACUCGCGCAGCGAUCUCUUCAAAGGCUACACCGGCGGCGCAAGCCGCAACGUCAGCGCCAGUCCGAGCCGGCAACUCCACCAACAACAACAACACCAACAACAACAAUCACCAUACGGGGGCAAUGGCAGCGGGAGCGGAUAUGGGUAUGGCGGGUAUCAACCAAAUGGGGGCGGCGUAGGGUCAAGCGGGAGCAGUCAUUUGGGAGUUGGGGUUGGGAGUGCUGGGUUUAGGCCGGCGACGCCGAAUCGGAAGGGGCAGUACAGUGACGCGGUGCUCAACGAGCUUGAGAGCCAAAAUGACCAACAGGUGGACGGGAUCUUGGGCAAGGUCAGGUUGUUGAAAGACAUGACCGUGGCGAUUGGCGAUGAGAUCCGCGACUCGUCCGCGCUAGCCGAGAAGAUGAACGAGGGCUUCGACCAGACACGGUUGCGGGUGGGCCGGACCAUGAACAGGAUGCUCGUCAUGGCUGAGCGCACUGGUGUGGGUUGGAGGGUGUGGCUUGCCUUCUUUGCGGCUGUCAUCUUCCUGUUUGUUUACGUCUGGCUGUUUUAA